AUGACAACCCCGGUGUUCCUGAUAUAUAAUGUAUGUAUUGGAGAGUGGUUGUCGUUGUGUAUUAAUAGUGGUAGUCGUUAUGUAUUGGAGAGUGGUAGUCGUUAUGUAUUGGAGAGUGGUAGUCGUUGUGUAUCGGAGAGUGGUAGUCGUUGUGUAUUGGAGAGUGGUAGUCGUUGUGUAUUGGAGAGUGGUAGUCGUUGUGUAUUGGAGAGUGGUAGUCGUUGUGUAUUGGAGAGUGGUAGUCGUUGUGUAUUGGAGAGUGGUAGUCGUUGUGUAUAUGAGAGUGGUAGUCGUUGUGUAUUGGAGAGUGGUAGUCGUUAUGUAUUGGAGAGUGGUAGUCGUUGUAUAUUGCAGAGUGGUAGUCGUUGUGUAUUGGAGAGUGGUAGUCGUUAUGUAUUGGAGAGUGGUAGUCGUUAUGUAUUGGAGAGUGGUAGUCGUUAUGUAUUGGAGAGUGGUAGUCGUUAUGUAUUGGAGAGUGGUAGUCGUUAUGUAUCGGAGAGUGGUAGUCGUUAUGUAUCGGAGAGUGGUAGUCGUUAUGUAUCGGAGAGUGGUAGUCGUUAUGUAUUGGAGAGUGGUAGUCGUUGUGUAUUGGAGAGUGGUUGUCGUUGUGUAUUGGAGAGUGGUAGUCGUUAUGUAUCGGAGAGUGGUAGUCGUUGUGUAUUGGAGAGUGGAAGUCGUUAUGUAUCGGAGAGUGGUAGUCGUUAUGUAUUGGAGAGUGGUAGUCGUUGUGUAUUGGAGAGUGGUAGUCGUUAUGUAUUGGAGAGUGGUAGUCGUUAUGUAUUGGAGAGUGGUAGUCGUUAUGUAUUGGAGAGUGGUAGUCGUUAUGUAUUGGAGAGUGGUAGUCGUUGUGUAUUGGAGAGUGGUAGUCGUUGUGUAUUGGAGAGUGGUAGUCGUUAUGUAUUGGAGAGUGGUAGUCGUUGUGUAUUGGAGAGUGGUAGUCGUUGUGUAUUGGAGAGUGGUAGUCGUUAUGUAUUGGAGAGUGGUAGUCGUUAUGUAUUGGAGAGUGGUAGUCGUUAUGUAUUGGAGAGUGGUAGUCGUUAUGUAUUGGAGAGUGGUAGUCGUUAUGUAUUGGAGAGUGGUAGUCGUUGUGUAUUGGAGAGUGGUAGUCGUUGUGUAUUGGAGAGUGGUAGUCGUUGUGUAUCGGAGAGUGGUAGUCGUUGUGUAUUGGAGAGUGGUAGUCGUUGUGUAUUGGAGAGUGGUAGUCGUUGUGUAUUAAUAGUGGUAGUCGUUGUAUAUUGGAGAGUGGUAGUCGUUGUGUAUUAG